GCGCCCGCCGGAUGGAGGAAGGGAUCGGGUGGCUAGCGCAGGCCAUCCUCGCAAGCCCCCUGAUCGACAAGCAUGAUCCCUGGGUUAGCGAAGCCGGGCUCGCAGAGGAGAUCGACGGGCUCAAGUCUGAAAUCAAGGGAGUCCACAUGGUGGUCUCUGCUGUGAAGGGCAGGGCGCUCGGGAACGAGGCACUGGCUGGAUCUCUUGUUCAUCUCAAGGAGGUGCUCUAUGACGCCCGAAACCUAGUCGACGACCUCGACCACUACAGGCUCCAACAAGGCAAGCCCGCUUCGAUCGAGCCAACAAGUAGCAGCCAUGGCAAGAGGCUACGGUCCAAGGCGUGGGACCAUUUCGUCGUGACAAGAGAUGGUAAUGAUAACCCUGUGCACGCAGAAUGUAAAUACUGUCACGCGAUAGUACAAUGUAAGACCAAAUACGGGACAGGAGUUUUGUCAAGGCAUGUCAAAAGUGCUAGCUGUAUGGAAAUAACCCGAGCCCUACCAAGUCACCAACCACAAGACUCUUCCCCAAGCAUAAGCAAUGUUACUGGAGAAGCCAUGCCUGUUUCAGUUUGUAAUUCAUCCAGCAGAAAAAGAAUGAGAAUUGGUCGUGAGUCAACACAAGUCACCACAGAUAACACAAACCUCUGGAACAAGGACGGAUUUUCGAGCAGGUUACGAGAAUUAAUUAAUCAGUUGCAAGGCAUCCAAGGGGAUGUGAGAGGAGUUAUAAAUAUACCUGUGCUAGAUUCUGUUGCAGCUUCAAAUCACCGUUGGAGUACAACCUAUUUUGCAUGCCGAAGAACAUCGAGUCUUCAUCAAAGGAAAAUGUACGGGAGAUCUGCAGAGAAAAAUUUUAUCAUCAAGUUGAUAAGCGAACACAAAUCAGCUGGUGGUGUCACUGUUCUGCCUAUUGUAGGCAUCGGAGGAAUUGGGAAGACAGCUCUGGCUCAACUUGUAUACAAUGAUCCAGCAGUGGAAAAUCAAUUUGACCACAAGAUAUGGAUUUGGGUGUCUAACAACUUUGAUGAAGUGAGGCUCACAAGGGAGAUGUUAGAUUUUGUGUCACAGGAAACACAUGGAGGGCUUUGCAACCUUGCCAAGCUUCAGGAGAUCUUGAAGGGUAAUCAGCUGUUGGCUCCUUUUAAGUCUGACAAUGCAAACAACAAUUUGAUACUAAUGACAACUAGAAAACCAUCUGUUGCGAAAAGGAGAGGAACGGCUGAACCAAUUAAGUUAGGUGCGUUGGAAAAAGAUGAUUUCUGGUUAUUGUUUAAAGCACAUGCAUUUGGUGAUGAGAACUACGAAGAGCAAGAAAGUCUAAGUGGCAUAGGACAAAAAAUAGCACACAAGUUAAAAGGAAACCCAUUAGCGGCACAAACUGCAGGAGCACUAUUAAUAGAGCAUCUCACCGUUGAACAUUGGACUAACGGUCUGAAGAAUGAAGAUUGGAAAUCGCUGCACCUCAGUAGUGGAAUUAUGUCAUCUUUGAAGUUUUGCUAUGACGAGCUGCCCUUCCAUUUACAGCAGUGCUUCUCAUAUUGUUCUAUAUUCCCAUACGGUUAUCAGUUUCCCGCGGAGGAGUUAGUCUAUAUGUGGAUUUCACACGGAUUUGUGAAGCUAGACGAUUCAAGUGCGAGUUUAAAGGAUACGGGAUGGUACUAUCUAACUGACUUGGUGAACCUGGGCUUCUUUGAGCAAGUCAUCUCUUCGAUGAGCAACAUACCUUGUAGCAAGAAGUUUGAAGAAAAAUUGAGAAGUUCAUUUACAUCAGUGAAAAAAUUGAGGGUAAAUCAUAGACAUCUCCAGUAUCUGAAACUUCAGGACAGUCAUGUUGAGUUGGGUUCCUCGCCUCAAGUUUCGAGCAAGUUUUUCAAUCGAGUGUUAGAUGGUUGGCUUACCUCUUUACAAACAAUUCAUCUAGAGAACUGUGGAGAAUGCUGGAUAGUUCUAUCACUGAAAAGGCUUCCGUCUCUUACAAGGUUAUUUUUGAGAAACAUGCGGAAAGUAAGAGAAGUAUCGUUUCCGUCAUUGGAGGAGCUAGUUUUAGUUGAAAUGUCAGAGUUGGAGAGUUGUGUGUGCACUUCUCUGGGAGAUAUGAACUCUAGUUUAAGGGUAUUGGAUAUCCGAAAUUGCCACAAACUCAAGAUGUUUGAUUUGCUUGAGAAACAUCAUAGCUUCAAAAUGAAGAAGGGUUCAUGGUUGCCCAAUCUUAGGAAGUUCAUUGUUUACGAUUGUCCUCACUUGGAAGUAGUGAUCCCUCUUCGGCCUUCAGCCACAUUUUCUGAACUUUUAAUCAGCAGAGUUUCAACAUCUCUGACAAUGGACAAGUUUUACAUGGAAACAUUCGAAAUUAGGCCAAAUAGUCUUUUGGGUGAGUCUUUUGGUGAGAUGAGAUUGGAUGAAAAAAUCUUGGCAUUCCAUAAUCUGAGGGACCUCAAAUGUUUGGAAAUAAGUUUCUGCAGGAAUCUGACGUCUAUUCCACUAAUAAGUUUUCAUCAGCUCGUAUCUUUAGAGAGUUUGACAAUAGUGGGUUGCACAAAACUCUUCUCUUCGGAUGUUGUGUCAGCGCACACCCAUGAAGAUAUGAUAGCUGCAGAUUAUAUAGCCCUCCCAUGUCUUGAAAGUCUUAGUAUUUUUUCAUGUGGAAUAACGGGGAAGUGGUUAUCUCUGAUGCUUCGACAUGCGCCGGCGGUGAAGAAAUUGAUGUUAAAGGACUGUUCAAAGUUGACACAGUUAUGGAUUGAAGGGGAAGAAAACGGUCAGCUGAAUCUCAACCCAGCCUCGGAGGCUUCAUCAUCAGGAUAUCAAAAUGGUUUGUCGGCAAACUCAGCUCCAGACGGUUUGUGGUGCAUUCCAUUUAAUCUCAUCACUUCUCUCAAAGAGAUAACUAUUUCUAGAUGCCCUCAUCUAAUAUUUGACAUCGCCAGACUUGCCUCCCUCGAGAAACUAAGUAUAAUCGAGGGUUGCCCCAAGAUGCUCUCGUCUUUGGUGCACGGAAGACUGCUCCUACCGCAAUCACUUGAACAAAUUUUAAUAUAUGAGUAUCCUCAAGAAACCAUUCAGCUGUGCUUUCUGAAUAACCGCACGUGCCUCAAAAAGAUACAAUUAUUUUAUAGCUCAGCUUUGAAUUCUCUAAUGCUGCACUCCUGUACAUCGUUGGAAGACUUGACAAUUAGAGAAUGCAAAUCACUCACUGCAUUACAUGACAUGGAAUCGCUCAGGACUCUCAGGGCUUUGGCACUAUAUUCGAACUCAAGUUUGGAGCUUCUAGAGCUGAAACCCUUGACACUGCUGGAAGAUCUUGAGAUUGUGCACUGUACUUCGCUCGUCCCACUAGAGGGCUUGCGAUCCCUCGUGAACCUCAGGCAUUUCAAAGUAAUCGGAUCCCUGAUAGGGUUUGGAGAGAGUUGUGAUGGGAUCAUUUUCCCUAAACUGGAAAGUCUUACUAUCGAUAUGUUGUCUCGCCUUACCACGCCAUUCUGCAAGGGCCUUACCUGCCUCCAACGACUAAAGCUAUAUGAUUUGAAAGAAGCAAGGUUAACAGAUGAGCAAGAGAAGGCACUUCUGCUCCAUAGGCCCCUGCAGGAUCUCCAUUUUCUCAACUGUGAUGACCUGGUACAUCUUCCGGCGAGGCUGCACAGCCUUCCUUCCCUCAAGAGGUUAAAGAUCAUAUGGUGUCCACGCAUCUCAGAGCUACCCAAGGAGGGCCUCCCACCUUCGCUGGAGAAACUUCAUAUAGUAUGUUGUGAUGAUCUGGAAGAUCUUCCUGCGGGGCUGCACAGCCUUCCUUCCCUCAAGAAACUGAAGAUCGAAUGUUGUAAGGGACUCUCACGGCUGCCCAAGGAGGGCCUCCCACCCUCGCUGGAACAGCUGGUGAUCGAAGACUGCAGCAGCAAGCUCUCAAAACAAUGCAGAUUGCUAGCAACAAGCAAGCUAAAGGUCAAGAUUGAUGAGCCCUUUUUGGGAUGA